AUGUCCGUAUUUGGACUUCUAGUUCUGGCCAAGUCAUGUCCCAGAAACAAUGAAGCAUACGAUCCAGAAAUAGUAUCAAUUGGUCCUUAUCAGCGCGACAAAGUUAAGCUUCAAAUGAUGGAAGAUCGUGUACAUGCCACCUGGUGUUCUUCAUUUGCUGCAAUGGUGUCUUCGCCUCCGAUUGAUGCAAACCAAGGAAGGAAAUGGAGUUUCUUGAAAUGUACCACAAAGCUUCGAGAAUCGGGGAUUAAAUUCGUGAAGGCUACAGAAAAUUUUUCAUUGUUGGAUAUAAAAUUUGCAAAUGGAAUCAUGAAAAUUCCUCCACUGAGAAUUGAUAAUAAUACUGGGUGUCUUUUAAAAAAUAUGGCUGCAUAG